CUUAUAUGUGACUGAACAUACCAACAAAGUGACCGACUUAACCGACUUGGAAAUCCUCUUCAUCUUUUCCCUCAAAUUCCGGUCGGUACUCCCUCUUUUCCUUAUUCCCCAAAACCCAACCUGCAAUUUCUGACAAAUUAGGUAUCUUCUGGUUCAAAGAAGAGAAAAAAAACAUGCAGUACCAGUUACAGCAACCCCAAAGCCUCUGUGUAGUACACCAGCGCUUCUGCGCUCCUUACCCCAUUGAAUUGACAGUGCAGAAGAAACUCCUCACUCUCAGCGGAGGAGAUUUCGCCAUCACCGACUCCAACGGCAAUGUCGUCUUCAGAGUCGCUGGAAAGGUCAUGAGCCUCCAUGAUCGCCGCCUCCUGCAAGACGCCGCUGGAAAUCCCCUGCUAACCCUAAAACAAAAGAUGCUUUCGAUGCACAGGCGAUGGGAAGCAUUUAGAGGUGACAACUCUGACGACAAAAAUUUUGCCUUCAGUGCAAGGAAAUCGUCGAUUUUUCAGCUCAAGACUGCGCUUGAUGUGUUCAUGGCCGGUAAUAGGGACGAAAAAUACUCUGAUUUCCGUAUCAAGGGCAGCUAUUUUGACCGAUCCUGUACAAUUUAUCAGGGCGACCGCAUCCUUGCUCAGAUGAAGAGGAGAUAUACGAUAACAAAUGUGUUGUUAGGAAAGGAUACAUUUGCAGUGUUGGUGCAACCUGGAGUAGAUUAUGCUUUCAUAAUUGCUCUUAUAAUAAUUCUUGAUGAGAUCAAUAAAGACCGCCAUGAUGAAGAAUAGAUAAUCUCUCAUCUAUUAUUGUAAGGUUUAUGGAUGCAAAAGAGUCUUCCUAAUAUGACCACUUAACUAGCUAAUGUUGGAAGAAUUUUCUUUUUUCUUAUUAAUUAGUCUAUUAAUUUUUCAAAAUGUAUCAUUCCUGAUGCCACCUUGGACUCUAUUGAUGUAUGGGGUAAACCAAAUGAUCAAGAUGAUCUACCUCCUUCGAUUGGAGUUGCUCUCGCCACUUAAGUGGCCUUUCUUUGAUAUGUUGUUAUAAGAUUUUUGGGCACUACCCAUCUAACUAUGGGGCAUGAUCUUGUAUCUACCCAACCUAUUUUAUUGUGAA